AUGGACGCCAUGAUGCCCAUGUUAUCAGACCAUGGAGACAUGUCCUGGUCAGAAGGCCAAAGUUCAUCAUCCCCAGACGACAAUAACAGCAACAAUAACUUGAACCCCCUUUCCCGGUCGCCAAUCUGGGCCACGCCAACAAUGACAGCAACGGCAACAACACGUUUGGAGACUGGCCAACUAUCGCCUGUUAGUACUGAGCUGGAGAUGCCCGCAGUAACAGCUAGCCUUCCACAUCUGAUACACUCGGCAACCUCGUCGAGUCACGGCUCGUGGACAAGUUACAGUGAAGGCGACGAUGCUGACCAAGAGCACGAUCAUGACCUUGAUAACGAGCAUGAACAUGAUGUCCAAUGGGACAACCACUCAGAUGACAUGUUAAUUCCCAAGUUGGAACCAACAGAGGACGAUGACUUCCACAUGGAGGACUUGAGAGAGGCACCACUGACGACGCCGAGACCCGCGUCUGGAAACCCGGCACAAGGCUUGAAGACGAAAAGACCACGAGGUCGGCCGCGGAAACACCCAUUGACGCCGCACGUAGCAACAAACAAAGUAGCCAAGGGAAGGUCAAAAACAGGUUGUAUCACUUGUCGCAAGCGCAAGAAGAAGUGCGACGAGGCAAAGCCUCGAUGCAUGAAUUGUGAAAAGAAUGCUGUCGUGUGUGAGGGCUACAACGAAAAGACGAUAUGGAAAAGCGGAAAAGAAAAGGCCGACGAAGCAGCACGUCGAUCAAGUCAGGAACUCCCAGUCAUUACACUGCAGCCAAUCUUUCAAGGCGUUGAGACGCCAGAAGAUAUGGUCUUCCUGAACCACUAUAUUAGCCACCUGAGCGGCGUGCUCACAGUGGAAGGACAGUUCAAGAACGCCUUCAAGGAUAUGCUACUUCAAAUGGCAGUCGAACACCGUGGACUGAUGCAUUCUAUCCUAUGUUUGGCAAGCAAACAUAUUGACUAUAAUACACCCUAUGGCGCCAAACUCCUCGAGUCCAACCCUAAAAUCACUGCAGAAAGUCUGGCGGCACGAUCCGAGUUUCAUCAUCAGGCGGCCAUGACCAAAUUCUACGAAGAUAUCAACCAGGAGACCAACACAGACCUGGCUAAACAGACAGUCAAUCUGUCGGUCCGGUACGGGCAAAUGCUUUGCCUACUGCUCAAGUCCAUGGUCGAGGGGAAAUCCGACGGCGAGCACCGUCUCCAUCUCCAAGCCUACAAGGGGCUCAUCCAGGCAUCACCACCAGCCGAUUCUGGAUUCCUGGUGUUCAUCACCGAGUUCUUCCAGUUUCACGUCUAUGCCGACGAGCUCAUUCGUUACCCGGAUGUGCGCGCACCUCGGUUAGCCCAUGAGGACUGGGUACCAUGGCUUCCGAUUCAACCUGCGCGAUUGAUCGGCGUUGCUGAUGGCCUCUUCAAAUUUCUCAGCCAAAUCACCACCAUCCGCAAUACGAUACGCAACAAUAUGCUCAAUGAUGUUGACCCGGUAGUCGACUACGCCUCGCUCUUUCGGGCAGCAGAGAUAGACGCUGCUAUUCGGGAGUGGACGCCACACUGGCCACCAGGUGACAGCCGCGAGCGCGUUGGACUUCUUUACAAGCAGAUGAUGUGGGUGUACCUCUUUAGAACCAUUUACCCGCCAUCUACCACGACGGCAACACCGCCGGCCAUGCCUACGGAUCAGUAUAAUCGACCAACCUCACCGCCACUUUCACCAACUUCACCCGUCCACUCGGCGCGCGACCCACACGCGACGACGGACCGGUUGCGAGUAGCGAGUCAUGCGCUUAGCAACAACUGCCGCGGCGAAUCGCCCGCGCCUAUACGCUACCCGCCACACCACGAUGCGCGCAUUACCGUCGCCGUCGACGAGUCCUUGGCCAUCCUAGACUCGAUCAAGCCGAGCGACCCAUGCCAGACCUUGCUCCUCAUCCCCUGCCUCAUCAUUGGCUGUGCCAGCUUUGCGCCGUCGCAGCAAAACCGGAUUCGCAACACUUUGAAGGGUGUUCGCGGUUACACGGGCCUGCGCAACUGCGAUCGCCUCAUGGAGCUGCUCGAAGAGAUGUGGAAGCUGAUGGAGCGCGGCGACUGGGCGGCCGUGUGGGACUGGCAGGCCGUUGCCAAGGGCAUGGGACUCGACUUUUGCGUGGCAUGA